GCCAGACGACCCGCUCGCCAUCCAAUCCCCGUCGAAGACCCCGUCCGCCUCUCCUCCUCCGAGCCCGGCUGCAGCCCCUCGCCUGCCUCCCUCCCUUCCUCCGUUCUCCGCGCGGCGCACACGCGAGUCCGGCGCGGCAUCGAGUGGGUGGGCGGGUCGGGGGGCUCCUUCUCACCCCCCCUUCCGGUCGGAACAAAGGAACCGAACUCGGGCUGGUUGCCUCCGGGUCGGAGAGCGGGAUGAAGGAGGUCUCCCCGUCCUAGCCGCGGGGACUGGGCGGAGAGCCGCCGGCCUGGCCGGAGACGCGCGCAAGGGGAGCCGGGGCGGACCGAUGGGGGGCGCUGCCCGGCACGAAGCCUCUUUGCAGCCGAUGCGGAGCGAGGGGCUGCCGCGAGGCUCCCGGAAUCCCGUCUUGAGCGGCUUCCCUUUGUUGGAGACAGGCAAUUAGAAGGGAAAAGAAAAGUCUUCAAGACAAAUCAACUCCUGCUUCGUGCAUGUGUCCAUGGCAAUCAGAAGAGGCUAUAUCUGGAGAAAGGCUCACAUCAUGACUCUGUGGCCGCAAGCUUUCAACCCACAGAAGGUGCUUAUUGAAGCAGUGGAGAAUUCCUGAAUUUCAGUACAUGGAUGCCACUUAAUGUUGCUUCACCAAGUGCAGUGCUGGAAUGGGAAAUCACAGCAACAAUCAUACCUGCAUGAUUGAUGAUUCCUUUAAGUACAACCUCUAUGGCGCUGUCUACAGUGUGGUCUUCAUCCUCGGCUUAAUCACCAACUGUGCCUCGUUGUUUGUCUUCUGGUUCCGCAUCAAAAUGCGGAGCGAGACCACCAUUUUCAUGACCAACCUGGCAGUCUCAGACUUGCUCUUUGUGUUCACUCUCCCGUUCAAGAUCUUCUACAAUUUCAACAGGAACUGGCCCUUCGGAGACCCUCUGUGCAAGAUCUCAGGGACAGCCUUCUUAACCAACAUCUACGGAAGUAUGCUGUUCCUCACCUGCAUCAGUGUGGACCGCUUCCUCGCUAUUGUCUACCCUUUCCGGUCUCGUUUGGUCAGGACGAGACGUAAUUCAGCAAUUGUGUGUGCAGGAGUGUGGGUUUUAGUACUCAGUGGAGGGAUCCUGGCAUCCUUGUUUUCCACAACUAAUACCACCAAUGGCAUAACAACGUGUUUUGAAGGGUUUCCCAAAGACGUAUGGAAGACCUACUUAUCCAAGAUUACAAUAUUUAUUGAAGUGGUUGGCUUCAUCAUUCCCCUUCUGCUCAACCUUACAUGUUCAUCGCUGCUUCUGAGGACCCUCAGGAAGCCAGCCACCCUCUCCCAGAUUGGCACAAACAAAGAAAAAGUGCUCAAGAUGAUAGUUGUGCAUGUCACCAUCUUUGUGGUGUGCUUUGUCCCCUACAAUUCCAUCCUUUUCCUUUAUGCCCUUGUACGUUCUCAAGCCGUAGCCAACUGUUCUCUGGAGACGUUCGCCAAAACCUUCUACCCAAUCACCCUGUGUAUUGCCACACUCAACUGUUGCUUUGAUCCUUUCGUCUAUUACUUCACUUCAGAGUCCUUCCAGAAAUCAUUCUACGUCAUUCCUCAUCUAAAAACAGACUCCCUUUUCAAAACCGAAACCCCUCUAACAAAAGUUCCCCUGCCACCAAUACAGGAGGAGAUGAGUGAGCAGACUAUUACGAAUGGGGGAGACUUGACCUGUGAAUCCAAUUUUUAACCCCGAAGCUUUCUGCACUAACAGUAGGAUAGGCACUGAACUGCAGAGAACUUGGUAUUACCCCGUAGGUGGGACUUAUGUAGAACAUAUGUAUGUAUGGAAAGUCAAGCAGAUGCUCUUCCUUCUGAAAACACAUCCUCGUGUUUUAACUCCAGUAACGUUGCCUGUAUGUACAUUUUGGCUUUUGAAGCAUCCGAAAAAUAAAAUAUUUCAUCUUGUCCCUA